AUGAAGACUGCUUUAAUUUUACUCAGCAUUUUGGGAAUGGCCUGUGCUUUAUCAAUGAAAAAUUUGCAUCGAAGGAUCAAAUUAGAAGAUUCUGAAGAAAAUGGGGUCUUUAAGUUCAGGCCACGAUAUUACCUUUACAAACACGCCUACUUUUAUCCCCCUCUAAAACGAUUUCCAGUUCAGGGAAGUAGUGACUCUUCUGAAGAAAAUGGAGAUGGUGAUAGUUCAGAUGAGGAGGAGGAAGAGGAGGAGACUUCCAAUGAAGAAGAAAAUAAUGAAGAUUCUAAUGGAAAUGAAGAUGAGGAAUCUGAGGCUGAGAACACCACACUUUCUGCUACAACACCUGGCUAUGGGGAAGAGGUUACACCUGGAACAGGGAACAUGGGCUUAGCUGCAAUCCAGCUUCCAAAGAAGGUUGGGGAUAUAGGAAACAAAGCUACAAAGAAGAAGGAAAGUGAUGAAGAAGAGGAGGAAGAAGAAGAAAAUGAAGAAAACGAAGCAGAAGUGGAUGAAAAUGAGCAGGGCAUAAAUGGAACCAGCACCAACAGCACAGAGGUAGAAAAUGGCAACGGCAGCAGUGGGGGAGACAACAGGGAAGAAGAAGGUGGGCAAGAAAGUGUCACCAGAGCCAAUGCCAGAGGAACCACACAGCAGAACAAUGGCGGCUACAAGACAACAACACCUCAAAAUGGUGGGUUUCAACCCACAACCCCACCACCAGAGGUCUAUGGGACCACCUCCCCGCCAUUUGGAAGAACCACCACUGUUGAAUAUGAGGGGGAGUAUGAGCAAAUGGGCACCAAUGAAUAUGGCAGUGACUAUGAAGUCUAUGACAAUGAGAAUGGUGAGCCUCGUGGGGACAACUACAGAGCCUACGAGGAUGAGUACAGCUACUAUAAGGGGCAGGGUUAUGGUGGCUAUGAUAGUCAGAAUUACUAUUACCAUCAGUAAAGGCUCAGCCUGGGAUGAAUUCAUCCAUUUUCACUCUGCAUCUGGCUGCCAUUUUUAAAGUUCAACUCAGGACGGUGCUAUGUAACAAAUGUGCAUCUUACAAUGUGGAAUGGUAAUACAGUUCCCAAGUGAUUUUCUGUAAUUGCUUCUCUGAGGAAUGGGUUUCUCGUUGCUUUUCUCUGAUGUUACUGAAAGGUUGUUAUAAAUCAAAGCCAUUUAUCAAGCAGUACACCAAUCCAUGAGAUGGAAUUAGAUGGAAUGUUUUGAGGAUGUAGCCCUAUACAUACUGUUUGUAACCUGUUUGCACUAUUGCUAACUGCCUAAAUAUAUUCUUUGUACAAGAAGUAGCUUCUAAGAAGGGAUCCAUUGA